CAAUAAUCAACAACAGAAUCCGAAUAUAACCUAUAAUGAUUUAUUUCGUCAACAUGAUCAUAUCAUCAAUACGAAUAAACAUUAUAAUGAUGCAACUGUUUGUAUACACAGAUUAUGUGUAAGACAAAAUGGCCAUCCACAGCCAUCAUCCGGUGUUGAAAUAUGUUAUAAUGAUAAAGGUGAUAUGGUUAAACAUGGUGAACAAUAUGUUCCACUUGGAAUCGAUACCUGUACACAGUGUACAUGUAUGCAUGGAAAAGCAGAAAUGUGUAUAUCGGUAUUAUGUUCUCCACCAGAAAAUUGUCGACGUUAUCAUGAAUUAACAAAUAAAUGCUGUGAAUUUUUAUGUAUCGAUGGUGGAAAUGGAAAUGAAAUAAUAAAUUCAAAUAAUGGCAAUAGUGAUAUGGCUAUACGAAUGAUAAACACCGGUACUGGCCAUCAUUAUCAUUCAAACAAUUUCAAUGGUGGAUUACAGAAUGGUUUGCGUUUUCUUGGCAAUAAUAACAAUAAAACUGCCAUAUUGACAAAAGGCGAAACGAAAACAUUCCAUUCAAUUCCAACAUCUAAUCUUGGUUUACGAUUAAUCACUAGUACUGUCACAUCGUUUUUAAUUCUUGCAUUAUUAUUAUUCAUGAUUCAUCGAUUACGUCAACGUCGUCUUCUGAUGAUGAUCCGACGUUUACAAAAUCGUCGGCUUAAUCAUAUGAAUGCCAGUAAUUCUGGCCAUCAUCUUCCUCCACCACCUCCUCAUUGUAAUGAUCCUUCAGGUUAUGGUGUCGAUCAAUUGGUCACAACACCGAUGCGUUUAUUCGGUCUAGGUGGUCAUUCAUCUAUUAAUGGACCAUUUGGUCCUUUUGAUUUGAUGGGACCUGGUUCGAUUGAACCACCCCCACCAUAUACAUUUUGGAAACCUCCAUCAAUGCCUGCUCAAUGUAUUGAACAACAACAGCAACAACAGCAAUUUCCUAGUUUAACCGAGACAAAUGACCUUUCGCCUGUUCAACCCUUACCAAAUGAAGCUCCGCCAAGCUAUGAAGAGUCAAUCCAAGUCAGUAACAGCAACAUUGCUAUGUCAAAUGCAGCCCUUAUUAUUGGUUGUCAACAAUCUUCAUUAUCGCAACAGUUUAGCAACACUCAAUCAUCAAAUCAUCACAAUGAAAUCAUCAAUGUUUUGGACCAUCAGCCAUCAUAUUCGGGGUAUGUUAUGACACAAUCUCAACCACAAAAUUGGUUAACGACGACAACGACAACACCUCAUAAUUCAAUAAUUCGAUCAAUAAAUUUGCCUCAACAGUCUAUAAUUGAAAAUCAGCCAAUGGAUCAAAUACAGCAGACAUUUACCAAACAAAUAAGCCAUUCAAAUAAUUCAUCCGGUAACAGAGCGAAUACACAUGCUCAUCAUAAUAAUCGUUAUUAUCAGCCGAAUAACUUAAUUCAUCAUAAUAGCAUCAUAGCGACGGAUAUUAAACCUCUUCCUGUUUGUUAUAGAGGACAAUCUUUAAAUGUUGAUCCACAGAUUCGACAUUGUGUUCCGAAUCCACCCGCAACUAUGCGAAAUAAUCUUUUCUAUCCACAGAGAUUGAUCUCACAUUUAGCUUCAUCAUUGGCAUCACAUAAUGAUCUUUCACAAUCACAACCAUCUGGGCGAUCAACAUCCACUGAUCAAUAUAUAACACGAUUACAUGUUGAACCACCAAUUUCCAAUCAAACAUCAGUCAAUUAUGGCCGAACAAUGAUAAUGCCUGUAAAUAAUAAUUCCCAACAAACUCACGAAACAUCAACCUUACGAACACAUUUUCCAAAUGCUCGAUCAACAAUGUUACAGCAGCCGCAAUCAUCAAUAAUGUCACGAUGCAUUUACAACAAUAACAGUAUUCAUCAACAGCAACAACAAACGCAAAAUCAUUCUCAAAUUACGAAUAAUCAAUUAUCUACUAAUCAUCAUUGUUCAACAACGAUGAUAAAUAAUAAUAUUAACGAAUCAUCAAAAGAAAAGAUUAUUCAAAAUGAUUCGAUAAAUUCGCCAUCAUCAUCAUCGGAAUCAUUAUCCCAAUGUACAAUUGUUCGAAAGCCAAUUGAUGUAAAUCAAACCGGAGCAACCAUUGAACAAUCAUCCUCAAGACAAUCAAUAAUAUCUAAUCAACAAUCACAUAGCUCACAUCAUCAUCAUAAUUUGAAUCGUCAUCGAAAAAAAUCUAAAUCAAAUCAAGAUUCAAGUAAUCAAACCAUGACAUCAAAUUAUUCCUCACCAUCUUCUUCUUCUUCCUCAUCAUCAUUAUCAUCAUCGUUGGCCAAUUCAUAUUCGGAUGAUGGUAGUUCACCAUCGACAAGAAUAUCAGCUUCAUCAUCAUCUUCAUCAUUGUCUUCAUCAAGAACGAACAACACGAUGAUGACAACUACGACGACCACCUCAACGACAACGAAUCAUAAUAAUAAUACUGUAAUUCAAGUUAAAGUUGAUACGAUCAGUCAUCUAUAAUAAUGUCAAAUUAAUUUAGUUUGUUUUUUUUCGUUAUGUCAAUUGCCAACAUUUUUUUUCUGGCCAAAAUUGUGAUUGAAUAAUAAUUUUCU